ACAUCUUCUUAAAAAGCGUGUCCCUAUACAAACAAAACCAAAAAUCCCUCCCACUCCACAUCAUCUUAAAACCCGUCUCCCUAUACGAACAAAAACCAAAAAUCCACCCCACUCCACACUAAACCAGAAACCCACACACCUCGCACAGAGACCAGAGAAGCCGCAGCGAAGGAUUUAAAGAGCAGGACACGCCCACCUCGCACUCCCUUCGCCCUCCUUCGCCAUGCCUGACGAUCCGGAGUUCCCGACGGCGCCGAACUGGGCUCUGCUGGUGACCGCCGUGGCUGCCGUCGUCAUCUCCAUCCUGGGAUUCUUCGGUGAGUCAUUUUUCGCGCUGGGUGGUCUAGGCCUUUGUGAAAUAUUCUUGGAAGCGCGCUGGGUGUCUAAGGCCUUUGUGAAAAUACUUGGUCUUGGAAGCGCGCUGGGUGCGCGCUGGGUGGGCCUCUUGGUCUGGAAGCGCGCUGGGUGGUCUAAGGCCUUUGUGAAAUAUCUUGGUCUUGGAAGCGCGCUGGGUGGUCUAAGGCCUUGUGAAAAUAUCUUGGUCUUGGAAGCGCGCUGGCGCGCUGGGUGGUCUAAGGCCUUUGUGAAAUAUCUUGGCUGGAAGCUGGGUUGGUCUAAGGCCUUUGUGAAAUAUCUUGGUCUUGGAAGCGCGCUGGGUGGUCUAAGGCUUUGUGAAAUAUCUUGGUCUUGGAAGCGCGCUGGGUGGUCUAAGGCCUUUGUGAAAUAUCUUGGUCUUGGAAGCGCGCUGGGUGGUCUAAGGCCUUUCGCGCUGGGUGGUCUAGGCCUUUGUGAAAUAUCUUGGUCUUGGAAGCGCGCUGGGUGGUCUAAGGCCUUUGUGAAAUAUCUUGGUCUUGGAAGCGCGCUGGGGUGGUCUAAGGCCUUUGUGAAAUAUCUUGGUCUUGGAAGCGCGCUGCGCGCUGGGUGGUCUAAGGCCUUUGUGAAAUAUCUUGGUCUUGGAAGCGCGCUGGGUGGUCUAAGGCCUUUGAAAUAUCUUGGUCUUGAAGCGCGCUGGGUGUCUAAGGCCUUUGUGAAAUAUCUUCGGUCUUGUGGGUGGUCUAAGGCCUUUGUGAAAUAUCUUGGUCUUGAAGCGCGCUGGUGGUCUAAGGCCUUGAAACAUGGGAAGCCACAGGAAAUCAUAGGAAACCAUGGAAAACCAGAGGUAACCAUUCUUAUCUCCGUGUUAUUAGAUGUGUAUUACAAUGUGUUAUCUCCGUGUUAUUACAGAUGUGUGCUGAUCGCGGUUCCCAAGAAGUACCCGAAGGUCUACACGGGAGCCAAGACAAUCAUUAUCAUCACGGCUAUCUGGGCAUUUUCCAUUUUCUUAAUGCUAAUUCCGCUCCUUGAGAUCUACGGCCACCUGGGCUACAACAACCAAACGGACGAGUGUGACUUCAUGGACGACACGCCGGCGAAACAGGGGCCGAGGAAGCUCUUCUUGGCCAUCGGGUUCUUGCUCCCGUGCGUCGUCAUCAUCGCUUCGUAUUCGUAUAUCUUCUAUAAGGCAAGGCAAAGUUCAGCUAAGGUUCAAGCACGGAGGAGUAACAGCUUAAACAACAGUGUCACUAGUGAUGUCAGCAACAGACCCUCUUCAUUCACGUCCAAAUUCCCUCACAGAAACAGCCGCCCCGCAGAAGGACUGAGAUCACGUGACAUCCGCAUUGCCCGUACAAUAGGUGUCAUUUUCCUGGCUUUCCUCAUCUGCUGCAUGCCGGUCUCCAUCGUUCACUAUCUGUACUGGAAGAUUCAGUCACCAUCACUUUUGCUCCUUCUGCACCCUCUGUAUUGGGCUCAAUAUUGCAUCAACAUCUUCAUCUACGUGUUUAUGAAUCGCCAGUACAGAGACGCCUAUGUUAAUUAUAUCUCCAGGUGGUGGCCGGACUUCAGGGAGCUUUCCCGCCGCAACUUCAAGUGGAAGGAGGAGCCGACGAGCGACAGCGGCCGAAGGGUCUCCCGCGCCCACACCCCCAGCAGCGUGGUCAAGUUCGCCACCCGCAAGAACUCCAAGACGUCCUUCAGGAGCCCCAACGACCCCCCGGGGACGCCGAAGGCAGCCGAGAAAGCGGGGACGCCGAUGCUCUCCGAUACACGUAUUUAAGGCCGCGUCUUUGUCUGGGACGCGGAGAGGCGAGGAGAGGAGGGGGGCGGGGGCGAGGAGAGGAG